AAAUGUCAAUGUCAAGGCGUUCCAAAUGAGCAACUUGGAUCUACGUCGUAACGUGCAUCAGUGCAUCGAUACGUUUCCCUAUCAAGAUGGCACUGCUGCAUUCGCCAAUUUACAGGCCAGCUGUAAAAACUCGCUGGAUUUUGUGCAACGUUUGGAAAUACUGAACACAUUUAAGUUGCACAAUGGCUGUGUGAAUACGGUUAACUGGAAUGCCAGCGGCACGUAUUUUGUAUCCGGCUCGGAUGACAAUCACCUAGCCGUAACUGAGGCCAAGAGUGGGCUGAUUGCAGUGCGCGCCAAGACGCAGCAUAAGCGUCAUAUCUUUAGUGCACGUUUCAUGCCCCACUCCAAUGAUCAGGCGGUGAUAUCAUGCUCCGGUGAGGGCAUUGUGCAGCAUACGGAAUUUCUAAGAGCUUAUGGUCCAGGCACAAGAAGCACCGAGGCGGCCCUAGUCGAUGAAAGCGCUUUCAGAGGCAACAUAUUUGACUGUCAUGCCUUUGGCAGCACUUACGAUGUAUUGCCAAUGCCGGAUAUCUCGCGCACUUUUCUCAGCUGCGGCGAAGAUGCCACAGUACGCUGUGUGGAUAUGCGUGUAAAUGACCGUUGCGAGGAUAGCAUCUGUGACAAGCAUGUAUUCAUUACAGCACCAUGCGCCGUCACCGCCAUGGAUGUGGCGCCAGUUAAUCAUUUCAAACUGGUCAUUGGUUGCUCCGACUCUAUAGUGCGUUUGUAUGAUCGUCGCAUGCUUAGAUCCGGCACAGACAGAGAGCGCAUUACUUGGCCACUUAGGGCUUUUCCCAUACCCAUGAAGUAUACACGACGUCAUUACCGUCCCACUUGCAUCAAGUUUAGCAGCGACGAGCAGGAGGUCCUUGUCAGCUACUCCAUGGAGCAAGUGUAUCUAUUUGAUCUGCGGCAUCCUGGCUACAGCGAUCAAUGGCUCCUUAAGAGCGGCUGCUAUACGCCGAAACUAAGACGUGACGAUGAUCCGGAGCCGCAAAUGCCGCGUCUACGUUUCCGUGGCGAUUGGUCUGACACAGGACCCAACUCUAUAGCAAAUGUGGAACACGGCCAGAACCGUUUGAAUUUAGGACAGGCGCGUCCGCCCCUAGAGCCCGGAGUGCUGAGUCGUCUAAGCGAUGAGAUCUUUCGCAUGCUUAACUCACAGACGCGUCCCCCACGUGUGUCUAAUGGUAACAGGCCCCUGCCUCGCAGGAAUCGAAGCAGAAGCAACAGCAAUGCCAGUGGCAACAGCCCCAGCGCCAGCAGCAACAAUUCCUGGCAAACUGCAGUCUUGCGCACACUAGAGAAUCAGAGCGAGACGGCAACAAAUGAUCAGAGUAGCGCAGUCAAUGCUGAAUCACCGUCAACUUCGAGGCGAGCACCACCGACAGAGUGCAAUGGUGAUUGCCAUGUGGCGGCAGCAACUGCAACAACAUCUGCAGGCGUCUCUGGUAGGCCUGGAGAACCAAUUAAGGAUUGUGCUUUUCCGCUGACCACCUUUGACUAUGUAAAGAUGAUCUUCAAAGGCCAUCGCAACUCACGCACUAUGGUUAAGGGCGCCUGCUUCUGGGGAGAUGACUUUGUCAUGUCCGGGUCUGACUGUGGCCAUAUUUUUGUCUGGGAGCGUAAGACGGGUAAAGUGAUCAAGACACUUCUGGCCGAUCAGCGCGUAGUAAAUCGUGUGCAACCGCAUCCUACACUACCUUAUAUGAUCAGCUCCGGCAUAGACUACAAUGUUAAGCUCUGGGCACCCAUUGGGUCUAAGGCCAUCUUUGAUCCCGACGCCACAGAUAGUCUAAUGAGGAACAAUGAGAUCAUGCUGGUGGAGACACGUGAUACGAUUACAGUACCCGCACAAAUUAUGAUACGCAUCUUGGCCAGCUUGCAUCAAUAUCGACGGCUCAUGCAUCCAAAUGGUGCCCACGAUCAUCAUAGCCAUAGCCAUAACCCCGAUGCACACCUCACCGCUCCAACUGAGCCAGCUCCAACUGUUCCCAUGGACAUAGAUGACAACCCUGUAACUGCUGCUGAUCCAAAUGCUGCUGCUGAUCCAAAUGCUACUGCUGAUGCAGAUGCUGCAGCUGAUCCAGAUGCUACUGUUUCACGUCCGGUUGCUCUUGAUACUCCCCCUCCAGAUCAUGAUAGUAAUAAUGAUACUAACGUCUAAAUGUCUAGUCAAAAUAUGUGAAGCUUAAACCAAAAAUUAAUCUUAGUUCUUGUAUAUACCUUCCAGCUUUUUAGUCACUUGUUCCAUGAACUCCAAUUAUUUUCGUCUCCUACACAUUCCCCACUUGCACACACUUUCAUUGGGCGCCGGCUAACUUAUUUAAGACUUAAACAUAUUGUUCUUUAUUAUUAUAUUAUAUAACGAGUGAUAUUACGUUAUAACAAAGAUUUGUUCCUUUUGUUAAUUUGUAAACUAGCCACCAGGUGCCAUUAAACUAAAGCAAAUUAUUUCUAUGACAUAUAUGUUUAUUUUCUUCAU